AUGUCUCGACGCGCUACGCCGGGCCAGGCUGCCCAGAACCAGCAGACUAUCAAGAGUCUGCUGAAACUGGAGACCAACAAGAUAUGUGCCGAUUGCAAGCGCAACAAGCAUCCGCGAUGGGCGUCUUGGAACUUGGGUAUCUUCAUAUGCAUCCGUUGUUCUGGUAUUCAUCGAGGAAUGGGCACACACAUCAGUCGAGUUAAGUCGGUUGAUCUUGAUGCGUGGACCGAUGAACAACUCCAGAGUGUGGUGAAAUGGGGCAAUGCAAGAGCCAACAAAUACUGGGAAGCGAAACUGGCGCCCGGCCAUGUUCCCUCGGAAGCUAAGAUCGAGAACUUCAUCCGAACAAAGUACGAAACCAAGCGCUGGGUGAUGGACGGUGACAUCCCUGAUCCCUCGACCCUCGAUGAUGGUGACGAUGACGUUCCGCUUGCUGUUGUUCAAGAAAAGGCAAAGAUUGAACGUUCCGUCUCGCAGCGAAUGGCCCCUCCUCCCCAACCCGCUCGCCAACAACGAGUUCCAAUUGAUCUGUUUAGUGAUGACCCCAUUGCUCCCCCCGCUCGCCCUGGCACGACCGACCCGGCACAUCGCGCUCCUGUAAGACAGACACAGACCGCACAGCCGAAGACGCACAAGUCGGGCGACUCUUUGCUCGGUCUCGACUUCUUUGGCAGUGCCCAACCCUCUACCGGUAGCCGUCCGUCCAGCACCGCAUCUACACCCGCUGCGCCAACUGGCAUGUCUCGCCCGGAUCUGAAACAAUCGAUCUUAUCCUUGUACUCGAAGCCCCAGCCCCAGGCUGCCCCUGUCCAGCAUAGACGGGACAACUCCUUCGGCGAUAUGGCCUCUCCUAUGGCACCUUCAGCGUCCUCAAAUAUGGGUGGUCUGACUGACGCCUUUAGUGGCCUCACAUUUCCAUCAACCACAUCGCCACCCCCGGCUCAGCAGGCUCCGAAACCUUCUCCUUUUGCCAAUCUGACCAACUUCGGCGCUGCCAAAUCGACCCCAGUAGCUCCCAGGGUCACCUCUCCUUCCGGUUCUGCGGGUGGUGAUCUAUUUGAUAGCCUGACGUCUCCUUCACUCUCUGCCCAUAAGUCCCAGUCGCGAAACACAACCAUCUCUUCGCAUAACCAGGACUUUGGCGGUUUUGGUGGCUUUGCCUCUCCUCCCUCUCAGCCGAAGCCAAAACCUCCAUCUGUAUCCAUCUCCAACACCCUCUCUAAUGACCUCUUCGGUCUCUCUUCCCCGAGUAUCUCUUCCCCGCCUCCUGCACCAGUCUCACCACCUAAGUCUACUGUGACUUCCCCACAGCACGCAAUGAGCUCUGCAUUCAACCUUUCCAGCCCCUCGUUUCAGCCCAAGCCCGCCGCACCUGCCAAACCCCAAAUGCCUGCUGCAAGCGCGGCCGCCGCCACCAUGUCAGCAAUGGACCCUUGGGGUGGUAAUGCUUGGAACACUCCCGACCCCGCUCCUGCUCCUGCCCACGCCGCGCCAGCACCAGCAUCGAUGAUGAAGAUUCCCGAUACUCUGACUCCCAACGACAUUGGAAAUGGUUGGGGUGCUCCGGCCCCUCCUGCCAAGUCCACUCCUACUGUGGCAGCUGAUGAGGACUUUGGAGGAUGGACUAGUGCUGCUCCCGUUUCGUCGAGCACUACUACAACUAGCUCAACCAAGCCGGCUGGCGGGUUUGGUGGUUCUGAUGACCUCUUUUCUAACGUUUGGGAAUAG